AUGUCGAACAUAAACAGUGCGCUCUGCAUUGAGAGCGGCGCUAACACAGACGUGUCUCUGUUACAAAAAGACGCCCUUCAGGAAGCCGGAUUAAACCAGCUGUUGGAUUACAACGCAGAAAUCGAACGUUACCGCUCUUUUGCAAAUUUUUACAAAACCAACGGCGCGUUUCCACAGAGCACCAAAAUUGCCCGCAUCACCACGCCCAUCUUUCCAAGUGCGCGGAUCGGCGUUUCGCCGUGGAACUGUGACAAUGCUGUGCUCUGGGGACGCAAAUCAGCGCCGAUCCACCCUAACAGAACCAGGAGCGAGUCGUCUCAGCGGCCUGGGAAACCCGAGACUCUGCAGAUGGCAAAUGGUAACUUCUUGUCCACAUUAUCACCGGAGCACUGUAGACCGUUAGCAGCGGACUGUGUCAACAAGCUGAAGUGUGGUGGCACUGCUGAAGCGGAGAUAAUGAACCCAGCGUUCUCCGCCCUCCCUACUCUGGGGGGCAUCUCUUUACCCCCUGGGGUCAUCGUCAUGACGGCGCUGCACUCUCCCGCCUCCGCAUCUACCGUCACAGACAGCGCGUUUCAGAUCGCCAACCUGGCAGACUGCCAGCAGCAUAACAAUAAUCACAGUAAUCACAUUUCCUCUCCUGCAUCCGGAGGAAACACCGCCAAGAAAAAGAGGAAGCGCUGUGGAGUAUGCGCCCCCUGCAGGCGGCUCAUUAACUGUGGCGUCUGUAGCAGCUGCCGAAACCGCAAGACCGGACACCAGAUCUGCAAAUUCCGCAAAUGUGAGGAGCUGAAGAAGAAACCGGGCUCGUCACUCGAGCCCGAUCCUUGCACUGGGACAGCCCGAUCCUCGCUCUGGGACAGCCCAAUCCUCGCUCUGGGACAGCCCAAUCCUCGCUCUGGGACAGCCCGAUCCUCGCACUGGGACAGCCUGAUCCUCGCUCUGGGACAGCCUGAUCCUCGCACUGGGACAGCCCAAUCCUCGCACUGGGACAGCCCGAUCCUCGCUCUGGGACAGCCCGAUCCUCGCUCUGGGACAGCCCGAUCCUCACACUGGGACAGCCCGAUCCUCGCUCUGGGACAGCCCGAUCCUCGCUCUGGGACAGCCCGAUCCUCGCUCUGGGACAGCCCAAUCCUCGCACUGGGACAGCCCGAUCCUCGCUCUGGGACAGCCCAAUCCUCGCACUGGGACAGCCCGAUCCUCGCUCUGGGACAGCCUGAUCCUCGCUCUGGGACAGCCCGAUCCUCGCUCUGGGACAGCCCAAUCCUCGCUCUGGGACAGCCCGAUCCUCGCUCUGGGACAGCCCAAUCCUCGCUCUGGGACAGCCCGAUCCUCGCUCUGGGACAGCCCAAUCCUCGCUCUGGGACAGCCUGA